AUGGCCGGAUGCCAUAUGAGAUUUCCCCAAAAUGUCUUUGGGGAGCGGUUUCUAAAGUGCUCCCAAGAGGAGCUACAAGAGAAACUACCAUCUAUGGUAAGUGUCCAGAUGGGUUGGUCCUCAAUAAAACUCAUCUCAGUCAUGGUGAUGGCUGGUAACAAGUCCGACGGUAGUCCAUGCCUCUCAAUAAGUAGACGAGUGUCUCCUUGGAGAAGCUGGGCUACCGUCAAGCGAGGCCAAGAAGAUGUGAAAGUGGUAAAACAGGCCAAUGGUAUGUCAUCUAGCCAAGUGUCGUACCAGGCACUGAUCUCGCCUCUCCCCACUCGCCAACGAAUAAGAGGCAUCAUCUCUAACCAAUGUCGCUGCCAGUCUGCCCAUCGUUUGACUCCUUUGAUGUCGGCCGGCUGUCGAGCCCACUCACCAUAUUUGGCUGUCACAAAAGUACCUAGCACCGAUGGUGUGGUCCUCAUCCUCCAAACGAGUUUCUUUUGAAGCAUGUUAAGUACAUCUUGAGGGCGCCUAAUACCUAGGCCACCCUCAUCCGUAGGUCGACAUGCUUUCUCCCAAGAAACUCGGCGUUGACGACGAGGUCCCUCAAGUUGUCCAUCCCAAAGGAAGGACGUACAUAUCCGUCUAAUAGUCUGUAAGACGGUGUCUGGUACCUCAUGGACUGCCAAAAGGUGUAAUGGCAUACUCAUGAGGACAUGACGUAUCAACUGGAUCCGUCCUCUAGGGGAUAGAAGUUGUAACUUCCAUCCUGCUAGUUUCUUCCUCAACUUGCCCACUAGGGCGUCAAAAUAGUGUAUGCGCCUACGGCCGAGGAAGAUAGGACAUCCUAGAUAGUCAAAAGGUAAGUGUCCACGAGAGAACCCUGUUAGGCCCUGGAUACGUCGUAUGGUCCCUAUGGGGGUAGAAGGGCCUACUAUGAAGCUACUCUUCGAGGCAUUUACGAGUUGACCUGUAGCUCGCUCAUACCUCGAGAUAAUACUCAUGAGCCCUCUAAUGGAUGUCUCACAUCCAUUGAGGAAGAGUAUCGCAUCAUCAGCAAAGAGGGAGUGUGAGAUGAUCGGGCAACCCCUCUUCGAGUAGUAUGGUCGGAUAAGUCCUUGAUUGAUCGCUCGGGUGAGGGAUCGACUGAGGACUUCUUCAACUAAGAUGAAGAGGGUGGGUGAUAGUGGAUCGCCCUGUCGUAGACCUCUCGUGGCCGUGAAGAAUGGUGUGGAGCUACCGUUCACUAAUAAAGAGAAGUGAUUCUCCCUAACACAUGCAUCGACUAAGUCAAUGAAGUCAUCGGUGAACCCAAAGCGUCUAAGAACCUUAAUGAGGAAACUCCACUCUAUCCUAUCAAAGGCCUUCUCCAUGUCUAAUUUGAUGAUGAUGUUAGAGCCUCGACAAUCAUGGCCAAGGGACUGUGCUAGUUCAUGUACUAGCAUGAUGUUAUCGUGAAUGUACCGUCCCUUGACAAAUCCGCAUUGUUCUGGAGAUAUAAGUCUAUCAAGGAAACUACUCAAUCUACGUGUAACGAUCUUAGAUACAACUUUAUAACACACGUUACACAAACUGAUAGGUCGAAAGUCUCUAAAUGAGGUUGGGGUAGUCACCUUCGGUAUAAGUGCAAGGAAGGUGGCCUUCCAACUUCGUGUAAAGAGUUUACGACGAAAGAUUUCCUUGAUGGCCUAGAUGAGAUCAGUGCCAACAAUAUCCCAACAUGA